AUGCAUUGCCCAGAUAGCGAGGUUAUAAUAUAUAUCGUACAAAACAGCUCUGCUGAAUUGGCUGCUUCAUCCGUCAAACAUCCUCUCACUGCAUUGCAGGGCCUCGUCAUUGCCACCGUGCUGGCUGUCGCCGCCGCCGCCCCGGCACCGGAGACAACUGGAUACCAGCCCGCUCCGGCCCCCCACCACCCGGCACCCUCGUACAAGCCGGCCUCUUACCACUCUGAGGCCCAGUACAAGGAGGCGGCCAAGCCGUUCGCUUAUGACUACGCCGUCAACGACCACUACACUGGUACCAACUUCGCCAAGAAGGAGGAGAGCGACGGCCACAACACCCAGGGAUAUUACUCGGUUGCUCUGCCCGACGGCCGUGUCCAGCACGUGAAGUACGUCGCCGAUAACUACGGUGGCUACAACGCUGAGGUCACCUACGAGGGAGAAGCCCAAUACCCCGAGUACCAUCCCGCUCCUGCCUACAAGGCUGCUGCUCCAGCCUACAAGGCUGCUGCUCCUGCCUACAAGGCUGCCGCUCCGGCCUAC